UUCAACACUGUUCUCAUCGCUUGCCAAGCAAUUCUCAUCGUUAACAUUUCAGAAAUGGCAUGACUUCCAAAUGAAAUGGAAUCCAGUGAAUUACGGUGAGAUUCAAAAUAUUCGAGUUGCACCCGAUAAAGUUUGGCUUCCGGAUAUUGUUCUCUUCAAUAACGCUGAUGGUAAUUAUGAGGUAUCGUUCAUGUGUAAUGUGGUGAUCAAUCAUAAAGGUGACAUGUUAUGGGUACCACCUGCAAUCUAUAAAAGUUCAUGCAUUAUUGAUGUCGAAUUCUUUCCAUUCGAUGAGCAGACCUGCCAUUUGAUUUUCGGUUCAUGGACGGUGAUGCCAAAAUUGUUGUGUAUGCAAAGGCCAAAACAAUUGCUCCGUAAGAUGGCUGCUCAUGCAGCAGCCCAAAAGGCGAACGGCGCCGCCACUAUGGUCUCAGCACUACCCGGCAUCGGGGAAUUCUCUUUGAAUCCGUCUGCACAUCAUCCGUUCUGUCCGUCCGCUGAUGAAUCCAGGUAUCAACCGCCAGCAAUUGAACUAACGCACUCGGAUAGCGUACGACCAUUUCAACGUGAUCCAACAACAAGUGAAUAUUAUCCGUUGAGUGCAGAUGCAAUGCGGGCAAUUGACGCCAUCGAAUACAUUACCGAUCACCUGAAGCAGGACGAAGAAUAUAAA